AUCAAUCUAGGAUCAUGUCCCGUUAUCAUCUUCAUGAACACGUUAGUUAUCUUUGCGAUAAAAACACGGCGGCCAUUGCAGUCUAACUACAACAUACUACUGGCCUGUUUGGCGGCAACAGACAUGGUAGUCGGCUUGGUUUCACAACCACUAUUCAUCGCACAAGAAAUUUAUCUCUCAGGUGCAUCGCUGGCGGAUUAUUGCGACUUUUACAAAACGGCAGUCUUCUUCUAUAUGUUUCCAAGUGUUGAAUCGUUGCUGAUGUUAGCUUUACUGAGUAUCGAGCGUUAUAUAGCUAUGAAAUACUCACUUAGAUAUUCUAGCCUGGUGACCGCCCCUAGAUUAACGAUUGUUGUAUUUUGUAGUUGGAUUAUUUCAGUUAUUCCUGUAAUUUUUCAUCCAAUACCAGCCACACAUUUAUUUGCCAAAUGGUUUAUUUAUGUAACCGUCAUGCCAACCAUUCUAAUUAUCGUAUACUGUCAUACAACAGUAUAUUUUGUUUCACGCCGACAUAUGAAGCGGAUAAAAACAGAACAGCUUCCAAGCGAAGGGAAGACUAAAUUCUUAGAGGAAAGGAAAGCCUUUAAAACCACAAGUAUAAUUAUCACCCUCGUGUUUCUUUCGUACGUGCCAAUACUUACGUACGGGAUAUUG